GGCGGUCCGGGGCUGUACUGAAAGGCGGGAUCGUCUCUCCUAUGUCGAUUCUGCAUGUGCGAAAGAGGAUCAUUUGGCUCGGCCAUUGGAGGGUUUUGGGGCGCUGUUACGUUGAGCUGCUUUUCUUUUGGAGUUCCGAACAAUCGCGUCUAUUGCCCGCGUUCCAAUGGCUCUGGCGUCAUCGCCCUUGAAAGUCUGCGUCGUGGGCUCAGGAAACUGGGGAUCUGCUAUAGCUAAAAUAAUAGGGAGUAAUGUAAAAGCACUGCCGAAGUUUGCUUCUACAGUGAAAAUGUGGGUUUUUGAAGAAAAUAUUAAUGGAAGAAAAUUAACAGAUAUCAUAAAUAAUGACCAUGAGAAUGUAAAGUAUCUCCCAGGAUACAAGCUACCAGAAAAUGUGGUUGCCAUCCCAAAUCUGCUGGAUGCUGUACAAGAUGCAGACUUGCUUGUUUUUGUCAUUCCCCACCAGUUCAUUCAUAAAAUCUGUGAUGAGAUCACUGGGCGCGUAGCCAAAAAAGCUGUUGGUAUAACUCUCAUUAAGGGAAUAGAUGAAGGUCCAGAGGGACUUAAACUCAUUUCUGAUAUCAUCCGAGAGAAAAUGGGAAUAGACAUCAGCGUGCUGAUGGGAGCAAACAUUGCCAAUGAGGUAGCAGCGGAGAAGUUCUGUGAAACCACAAUAGGUUGCAAAAUUCUGGAGAAUGGCCUCCUCUUCAAAGAACUUCUUCAGACUCCAGACUUCCGAAUAACUGUGGUGGAUGAUGCUGAUACAGUUGAACUUUGCGGUGCUCUUAAGAAUGUAGUGGCAGUGGGAGCUGGCUUCUGCGACGGCCUUCGCUGUGGUGAUAAUACCAAAGCAGCUGUCAUUAGACUUGGACUCAUGGAAAUGAUUGCCUUUGCAAAGAUCUUCUGCAAGGGGCAGGUGUCAACCGCUACUUUCCUGGAGAGUUGCGGGGUUGCAGAUCUCAUCACAACAUGCUAUGGGGGCCGCAAUCGGAGAGUGGCCGAAGCGUUUGUUAAAACAGGAAAGUCUAUUGAAGAAUUGGAGCAAGAGUUGUUGAACGGGCAAAAACUUCAAGGGCCACAGACUUCUGCAGAGGUGUAUCGCAUUCUUCAACAGAAAGGAUUAGUGGAGAAGUUUCCGCUCUUUGCUGCCGUUUAUCAAAUCUGCUACAAAGGGAAACCUGUCCAAGAGAUGAUUUCCUGUCUUCAGAGUCAUCCUCAGCAUAUAUAAACCAUGCUCUGCCAUUUUUGCAACUCCUGCCUUUUCCUAGUCAUAUGUGGGUUCAAAUGGAUAUCACAAAGUUUUACAAAACAUUAACUCCUUUAAGCAAUCAUAGUGAAAUGAAUGGCAGCUGUUUAGGUUGUUUUCAUUUUGACAUAAUAAUGCGAUUCCUAGAAUGGCAGCUGUCAUUUUUACUGGCUAAUAUUUCAAGAUGUUUUCAGAUAUACCAUGCAGGCUUUUCACACUCCUCUAAGCGUAGGUAUAUAUGUCUUAGCACUUGGAAAAUGCUUGAUGUUUUUGUAA